AUGAUGUUACCAGAAGUUUCCGCCAAGCGGUUCAUUGUCGGAGGAAACAUGGGCUGGACUUCCGACGUUAACUACACUCUUUGGGCCGAAUACCAAACAUUCUACCUCGGCAACUGGCUAUUUUUCGUGUACGACAGAAACCAGGACGAUGUAAUUGAAGUGAAUAAGACCAACUAUGAAACCUGCAAUGCCAAGCAUCCGGUUCACAAUUACACGACAGGAUCCGGAAGAGACGUAGUGACACUCAAUGUCACCCAUGACCGCUACUUCAUUAGUAGCAAAAGGUCUUGCCAUGGUGGCAUGAGAUUGCAAGUACAUCUCACUCCUAUACCACAACCCGCUCCCUUACCACAACCCGCACAUCUCGCACCUUUACCACCACCACCAGUAUAUCUAGCUCCUAAACAACAACCACCACGAGCCGCCCCUUCAAGGAGUUACUCUUCGAGAUUCACUGUCCUUAAAAGCCAGCUCCUGAUCCCUUUUUUCGUCACGAUUGCCGCCAUAUAGGAUACACUAC